UCUCUCCAUGAGAACACACCCAUAGAAGGCAGUGGAAAAGAAAGAAGCCUGGAAAGACCAUUAAAGAUAGAGCAGCAGUGCACUUCCUUUAUUACCAACAAGCCCGUUCGUCUCUGAGGAAUUUAACAGCAGUAGUCACACUAAAACUCAGCGUGUGGCAUCUCGAACGGCGGUGGACAUUGUACUUUUCGGCUGUGUGAGGGACUGGGAUCAUUGUUGACAUCGCAGAAGAUCGUCUGCCUCCCUCUAAUUUUGCUGUCAGGUAUUAAAGUGAAGCAAUGAAGAGUGUCAGGAGCUGUAUUGGCACACUUGUGGUGCUGGUACUGUUUCGGGUGGGAGAGAUCGCAGAAGCGUGCAGUUGUUCCCCCGUCCAUCCUCAACAGGCGUUCUGCAAUGCUGAUGUUGUAAUCAGGGCCAAAGUGGUUGGAAAAAAAGAAGUGGAUUCUGGGAAUGAUAUUUAUGGGAACCCCAUCAAGCGGAUCCAAUAUGAGAUUAAGCAGAUCAAGAUGUUCAAAGGCCCGGAUCGCCACAUUGACGUGAUCUUCACCGCGCCCACAUCUGCAGUGUGUGGGGUGACGAAUUUGGACACUAACGGCAAGAAGGAGUACCUCAUCUCAGGCAAGGCGGAGGCCAACGGCAAGAUGCACGUGACUCUGUGUGAUCUCAUCAUGCCCUGGGAAUCCAUGAGUGCCACCCAGAAGAAGAGCCUCAGUCAGCGCUAUCAGAUGGGGUGUGACUGCAAGGUGAGUUUAUUUCUCCUGUGUACACAUAAUAAUCAUUACUGUGCAACAUACUGUCAACAUGGUUAGUGCACAAUUCAGAAUUUAAAGAAUGGGCUUUCUUUCUUUCUUUCCUUCCAUGCAUUUAUCUAUGAAUCAAUCCAUCCAUCGAUCUGAGUAAUUAUCUGUCUAUUCAUUCUUCUAUCCAUCCAUCCAUCCAUUUGUUAUGCGUCCAUCAUUCAUCCAUCCAUCCAUCCAGGUAUCUGUGUAAUUAUGUCUUUCUUUCCAUCCGUCCAUUUGUCUAUCCAUCCAUCCAUCCAUAUAUUAGGCCUAUAAAAGUUUUCCUGUUCAUAUAGUGCAUAAAGUGUGGAAUAUAUCACACUUUGUUUUUGCAUU